AUGUCACACCCACAGGACGCCCUCAGUUUGAAUACCGACGCGCGCUCACUCAAGAGAAAGGUGUCUUAUGACGAUAAGAGCCGCGACGAUCUUAAUGAAGAUGGCCUUAAACGACAGAGGGUAGAAUACAGCGUCGCGACGCCACCAGAGACGCCAGCCGCGCCGGCGCGCAAGGAAUAUUUCUCACCGCCACCUACCGUACUCAGACAGUCGUCAGGGAUUACUGAUCGCAUAGUCGAUAUCAUAAAUCAGCAGUUUGGGACUGAGAUCCUCUUGAGACACCAGGAGCUCCGCUUCAUAAAUCAAGAGCUGGCAAAGUGUCAAGCAGCAUUGGAGCAGCUUCGCCGCUGCCACCUCAUCCCCUACCCAACAACCUGCCCUACUCCACAGCAGAUGCUGGACAUCGUCGACGGAAAGGUCCCAGCUGUACAGAGCAAGAAUGGCGGACCUGCACCGCAAUGGGCCCCACCGUACGGAGUGGUGGACGGUCCCUAUGCGCGUCAUUAUGCCAAGUGGCUUAUCCCCGAUCCCAAAUUUGAUGGCCAAGUGCCCGAGUGGCAAGUGGUUCCAGCCGCGUCCAGACUCGUGGGUGAGGGGCGAUCGACGAGAAAUAGCCAGUCCGAGGGUGUGACUAUCGGGAAACGGGUCGCGCGCGGCCAGGUUGCCUUUAAGGCACCGGUACCAGUUGCGACGCCCAAGACAAAGGGACCGUGUAUCCUCAAGAGGAGCGACGGCGUUACCGUCAAGCUCUUCUGCCACCUCGAGAAAGCCGACGGCAAGAGGUGUGAUAGGGACGAUUUUAGCAGCACGCAGGGUUUCAUCAAUCACGUGCGCAUCACACACAAGAAGGAGUUCAAGUCUCACGAUGAGGCUGCGUUUUUCUGCGGUGUCCCCAUAACGGCUGAUGAGAGCGUGCCGGCCCGUAACGAGGAGAAGACCACCACCGGAGCCCAGCCCACCACCGGCCAAGGCGCUGGCGUCGUCCAUCCUCUUGCGAGAGCAGACGCUACGACUGAGCAGAAUGCUUACGCAAGGAUUCUCCAGCGCAUCGAUACCUCGCUCAAGUUGUUCCACCAGGGCAAAUUGCCGGGGAUCACGAGGAUCCCCGGGGUCUCGUCUCAAGCCCCCUCUGCCCGAGUCGAUUGGAGGUCUUCGAAGAGUUUCGUUGCCUCACCCGCGACUCCUUUCCUCUCUCAGUUACUACACGCUCGUAACUUCGAAGGCGACCUCAGGACACACGUCGAGGAUGCGAAGACUAGGGAGGAGGACGUGGAUGACAUCAUGCCAGGUGAAGACGAGUCUGAUGAAGGCGAACAAGGUCCGGAUACUAAGUCGGAUGACAUGGCCAGUGCCCAGGCUGCAUCUCGUGUUCCUGCCAUGCGCGUUCCUGCUCGGGCGGUCCCUACAGCCUCUGCAACCGAGUCGGGUACAUCUAGCAGCAAGGGCCGUUCGCCGCACCUCUCUCUACUUCCUCCCUCGGGUGUCACUGCCGCUGCCGAUGAAGAUGCCUCGAGCGUGCUUGAAAACAAUGUGAUGGAUCUUGAUCGCAGCCCGAACACCGCGACUAGUAACAACGCACCAUCGUUGGUGAGCGACGACGGUGGGGAUGAUUCAGAUGAUGCUUCGUCCUCUAGUGAUGCGUCUGACGUGGAUAUGUCUGACAUCGCUGAAGUCGAUAUCGAGUAUAUUGACAUGCAAGACCCUCUUGCGCAACAUGCUGGCAGCACAAGCAACGGUGCUCGAAAGAAGGAUGAGGCUAGGCAUGUCAGUUUUGUGACCCCGGUGCCUGGCAAGGCUGCUGCCCGGCGCAAGCCAAGAGUUUGAGACGCCACUCUCGAUGACUUCCUCGACCCUUUCGUUUUUGCCUACGAAUUUUUAUUUAAUGCGCCGGUGCGUAUACGCCGGGAACACUCUUCUUCAUCCCUCUCGAUUCAACAUUUUUUUGCCCACGAACGUUUACGUAUACCGAUUUUAUUAUCCACUUCUUCCGCAUAUUGGUGCUGGGCAGGCCGUCGGGCUGCCCUUGGGUGGGGCUCGAGACAUGGUCUCAGUGUACAACAAAACACCCUUGGUGGAGGAUGAAAGAUGAAGCCAUUGUUGGAGAAGAAUGAACUGGUGCAGAUGUUGGGACUGAGCUUCACAAGAGAAUAGAAUUAGACUCGAGUGUGGAAAAGCGUUUUAUGUAGCAUUUUGUACUUGCACUGGCACUUUACCAUACCCAACACAUACACGACGAGACGAAGAUGAUACCACAAAUAAAACCAAUUGCUUUUUUCAAGCCCG